AUGUCUCUAGAGGGACUUCAGGAACGGCUGGCUGCCUUGCAAGAGACCACGGCGCAGCUAAGAGAACUGAUUGAUCGACUGGCCAAUGUGGAAUUUCAACCGGGAUCCGUGCCUUUGAAUAUCGAAGAAGAAGGGAGCGUGAGCGGAGAACUCAGCGCAGAAGCCGGCUUGAUAUUGAAGACUGGACUGGAAGACCAGCAGUUGUUGUGUGAAGAGGCAAAAUAUCUGCGGCGAAGCGGGCAUGAGAAGGAGAGGCUCGAGGAUGGGAUUGAGAGGGUAGGACAGGAAUUGGCUAGCCAUCGAUCAUCACUUCGAAAAGCACGUCUAUCAGCGAAGAAGAGCUUGGAGCGAGCACAGAGGCUGGAAAGACAGCUCAUGGUACAGUCCUUGUCCGAGCCCAUUUCAGAGACAAACACCUCCGCCGACGGCGGCAGCGCGGAACAAUCGCAAGUUAUAUCUCGACCUCUACGACCCAGCUACAAUCAGAACCGCCAGCUGCAAUCCAGUCUUUCGGAAGAAGACCGACAGACGGUGGGCGCAAGCAGCAACGUCACGAAUGCGCUGCGACGGACGCACGCCCUCAUUGCGUCGGAGCUGACAAAGAGCGAGUUUGCGCGGCAGACGCUGACGGAGUCUUCGGCGGCGUUGAAGAAGCUGGAUGAGUCGUAUACUUCGCUGGAUGGCAUGCUGGCCAGUUCGAGGGAUCUGCUGGGCACGCUGCUUAAAUCUCAGAAGAGCGAUACGUGGUAUUUGCAGACGGCGCUGUACAUGCUGAUGGUGACGGGUGCGUGGCUUGUGUUUAGGAGGAUCCUGUAUGGGCCGUUGUGGUGGCUUCUGUGGUUGCCGCUGCGGGUUGUCUUUGGGGUUGGGUCAACGGCUGGAAGAGCGGUGAUGCAGAGCGGUAGUCGGGAGCCUGGGCAGUCUGGAAAGGCUGGGGUGGUGAUUGAUGGGGAGAUUCGGGUGGAUGGAAUUCCGGAUGAGAGCUUGCCUACUGCAAAGGUGGGACGGGAACCAAAGGUAGCGGAGGAGGAGAGGGAUGAUGAUGGGGAGUCUAUGGUUGAGAGAGUUGGAAAGAUUGUGGAUGCGGUAAAUGAGGCUGAUGAGUUGGGGGCGAUACCUGGAGACGUUGAAGAUGUUGAUGAUUUGCGAGGAGGGGAAUCUGCAGAGGUGGUUGUGGAAGAUAUACGACCGAGAGACGAGCUAUAA